AUGUUUCCAGCCAGGCUAGCAUGCGGUACCAGGCUCAGACCGCCAGCUCGUGCUUGCUGGCGCAGCCUCGUUCCCACGCCAAAGUUGACGUUAUUCAAGGUCGGAAUCGCCAUUGGCGUGGCAGGUCUGGUGCUCUACGCCACCAACGACACCGCCAAACACGUCAUCUUGACCACAGAACGUAUUGGUGUGGUCACAGCAGCCACUGCCAGGUGUUUCUUGUUGUACAAAGACGUGCUAGGCAAGGAGUUCUCCAGCAAGGCUGAACGGACUGCUGAGUUGAACAAAACCCACCAGAAGGCGGCAGAAAUCACGCUACGGGCGCUCGAGAAGAAUGGAGGAAUCUACAUCAAGUUGGGGCAGCACAUCACCGCGUUGACCUACUUGUUGCCCAAGGAAUGGACCGACACCAUGCUUCCGUUACAAGACCGGUGUCCCAGGUCGUCACUUGAGGAAAUCGAGCAGUUGUUCAUCAAGGACAUGGGCAAGCCCAUGAGCGAGCUCUUUUCCAGCUUCGACCCCGAGCCCGUGGGCGUAGCAUCGUUGGCUCAGGUGCACAUAGCUACUUUGAAAGAAACGGGAGAAAAGGUGGCUGUCAAGAUCCAGCACCCCACCUUGCAGGAGUUCGUGCCUCUCGAUAUAUACCUCACGAAGACUGUGUUCAACUUGAUGUACAGGUUCUUUCCCGAGUAUCCGUUGACGUGGUUGGGUGAGGAGAUGCAGGCGUCCAUCUACGUGGAGCUAGACUUCACCAACGAGGCCGAAAACGCCAGGAAAACGGCUCAGUACUUCCAGAACUUCACCAGAGAGACGGCAUUACGCAUCCCCACCAUAGUGGCGGCCCAAAAGCGGGUGUUGAUCAUGGAAUACGUUGCUGGUUCUCGUCUAGAUAAUCUCGAGUAUUUGAACCAACACAACAUCCACCCCCACGAGGUGUCGUCGUGCUUGUCUCACAUCUUCAACAACAUGAUCUUCACCCCCGACGUGGGGUUGCACUGUGAUCCCCACGGAGGAAACUUGGCCAUCCGAAGCGUGGACAAACGGACGUCUCCCAGCGGUCACAACUUCGAGAUCGUGCUCUACGAUCACGGACUCUACAGACAGAUCCCCUUGCAAAUGAAGCGUGAGUACUCGCAUUUCUGGUUGUCGGUGUUGGACGGAGACGUUCCCAAAAUGAAGGAGUACGCUGGCAAAUUUGCGGGAAUCGAGGGCGACCAGAAGUUCAGGAUCUUUGCGGCUGCCAUCACAGGCAGAUCCCCUGAAAACGCUUUGAACUAUGACAUUUCCAAGGCUCGGAGCACUGACGAAAUUAAAAAUAUCCAGAGUCAGCUCCUGUCUACAGAUGGAAUCUUGGAAGAUUUGAUGUACAUUUUGAGCUCGAUGCCCAGAAUCGUGCUAUUGAUCUUGAAAACCAACGAUUUGACCCGGAACUUGGAUGAGAGUUUGAGCAAUCCGUUGGGUCCCGAAAGAACGUUCUUGAUUAUGGCUAACUACUGUGCCAAGGUGGUGUAUGAUGAAUCGAAGGAAAGAAUUGCAGCCACGUACUCGAAGUACUCGGUCCGAGCCACCUUGGAGUACGCCAGAACCUGGUGGGCCUACCAAAGAAGAAUCAGCACCUUGUACAUCUAUGAUUUUAUCAUGAUGGUGAGAAAUCUUCGUCAUCAAUUUUUGAGUUGA